UCGAGAGCUUGCAUGUCCGCUACUCAGGGAUGCCUGCCUAGUAUAAACACACCUGCUCUCCCCCAGUGGACUUCCCAAUGCCUUUCAUGUGCACCUGUUGGAGUCAGCUCGCAGCCGUCGUCAUCAGACAAGACCGAGGCGCCCAGGGACAUGAAACUCAACCCACAGCAAGCUCCACUCUAUGGGCGCUGUGUAAUCACUGUGCAGCUCGCUGACGAAGAGCUGGAUGCGGCUGCGAAGGAGGAGGAGGGCGUCGACUUCUUCCUGCUGUUCGCUGGCAGCACACAGAGGCACCUGACCAGCACCUUCAGGAGCAGCCAUGACACCUUGCAGGCGCUGUGUCCCGCUCAUGACUGCUGCGAGGUGGUGUCGGUCACCUUGUGUUCAGCCAGCCGAGGCGUCCCCGAGUCCCCCGAGAACCUAAAGCCCUGUCUGGGUCGCGUGUCUCCAUUGGCCGAGCAUCGAUUCAGCUUUGUCCAGGAUGUGGCUUUUGACAUGGCCCAGUUUCUGGUGAGCACAGCGGGCCGGGCGGACGGCCUGGACGGGGCUCUGCUGCUGGACGAGUGUCAGAUUUCCCUGCAGGAGUGCGAGCGUCUGGACGAGAGCCUGGCGCUGGCCCUCCAACACCUCGCGCUGCCUCCGGGAUGGAGCCUACUGGGGAACAAGCUCCCCAACAGCAAUGGCCCGAAUCCUCAGGAGACCCUGCUGCACUUCUCAGCGCACCCAGUCGGCAGGCCCAUGCGUCGCCGACCGCCAGAGGCGCCGGCGCCUCAGACAGCGGGCAGCUGGGCCAGAGGCAGUCGGGCAGCCGAUGGAGCUGGACCGGAGGGAACGGAGAUAGACAGGGUAGGGAAAGGUGGCGGGCGCAAGAUCCGGAACGCUCGCUCGCUGUCGCCCCUCGCGCCAGCGGGUUUUGUCAUGAGCCGUUUGGAGUUGAACGGUCUGGUGUUGAACGAACUGCAGUUGAGAUGUGAAGCUUCUCAGCACACGGCUUUGGCUCUCCUCGACACAGAGCUCCUGACGGAUUUUCUUUCUGCUGUUCGGUUCAAUCUGCUCUGGAUAUUUAAGGGAAAAAUGUACGAGCGACACAAGCGGAGGUACAGCCUCCGCGCCAAAGGGGAGAGAGCCGUGGAUGUGGUUCUGAUAAAGAUCCACCGAGACAGAGAGGCGUCGUUCCAUCAGCCGUGCAACACUCAGCACUCAGAAUCCUCGGGGCCUCCAGCUCUCCCCAGUUUGCCCAGUAGAACCAGCAGUGCCACCAGCUGUCCCUCCGCAGCUCACACAGACUCUGGCAGCGACUUUGAAUGUCUCCUGAACGCAGAGCCAGGACACGACAGCGUCUUCAGAAAGAACGAUGAACCAGUGACAGGAAGAGACGGCGCCAGCGAGGUCUCCGUCUCCUGUUCCUCCACAGACGACGCCGCCAGCGUCGGCCCGUCCAGCUCCAGUCCCGAGGGCAGCCAGGGCCCGGAAUGCAGCUGGAGCCCAGAGGAGGCGGGGCCUGCGAUCGCUGCAGGACUGGACAGCGUUGGUGUUGGAGACGGAGGAGCUGGGGAAGCUGCAGAAGAAGCUAAAGACAGGGUGACGGAGGUGCCGCGGCGCUCCAGUAUCCUCCGGAACAGCAUCCGCUCGCUGUCACCCCUUCGCCGCCACAGCUGGGGACCAGGAAAGAACAACGGAGGGGACGCAGAGAUGAACCAGAGGAGCUCCACCCGUAGCGCUGGCGAGGGGAAGCCGACCUUUCACAGAAGAAGCUACAGCCUGGAGGGGCUCAGCGGGGCCCAGGAAGAGCUGAGGGGCCCCGCCACUCAGGGGCCCCGAAUCCAGGAGCCUUCCAGGAUGCCCCGGCAUGACGGCGAUGACAGGGGCUCCCUGGUGUCCCGGACAGUGGAGCAGGAGGUGCUGGGCCAGCACGGCAGACUGCAAGACCUGAAGUCAAGGCGGUAUCGGCCUCUGCGAAACAGCUGUCCUCCCAUGACUCUGCCCCUCACCAAGUCUGUAUCCAUGCUGGCCAUCAGCCAGAGAGACAUUGAUGGCCUGAGAUCGUUCGGCAGCGCCUCAGGGUCACUUGCUUACAGUAUAUCAGAGGAGGAGCCGGGCCCUCUGCGGAGCGACACCGACGGAAAGAGCACAACGAAAGUCAGCCGGACGUUCAGCUACCUCAAGAACAAGAUGUACAAAAAGACCAGGGAAAAAGACCGCGAGAAAAGGGAGAAGGACAAGGAGAAGGACAAGAAGGCGAUCAACGGUCAUCUGUUCACACCAGUCAGCUCGGGCCCGGCAGCCCAGUGCUCCCAGUGCAAUAAGGCUUUCAACAGCAAAGAGGCUUUCCAGUGCACGCACUGUAAUGCCUCCGUCCACAAGAGCUGCAGGGACAGCCUGCCCAUUUGUGCCAAGGUGAAGAUGAAGCAGUUUGCAGUACCCGAUUCAAGCUCUUUUACGACGGUCACGAUGAGGAACAAAUCUGGUGGAACAAGGGAGCGCCCCUGGUCCGCCAUCUUGUCCCCCGAGGACCAUUCUUCCCUGAUGAUCCCGUCACGGAGACACACCAGCAUCAUGGCUUUCCAUGGCAACAACCUCUCCAAGAGUCUCUCCAUCAGCAACAUCGCUGGUCCGGUGUUCGACGAAAUGCCCACUAAAGGCCUGCGGUAUCUCUCCCAGUCGACUGACUCCCUCAACAGAACCAACCAGGUCACAGAGUCCAUGGAAUCACUUACUGAUGAAGGGACGGAGAUGAUGGACGGCCAGCUGAUGGGGGAGUUUGAGGCCGAGGCUAAGGAGCUGGAAGCUGACUCGUGGAGUUUAUGUGCCGAGCAGCAGUACCUGCAGCAGCUGGACAAGGACCUGGCGAAGAGACAGGACGUCAUCUAUGAGCUGAUGCAGACUGAGAUGCACCACAUCCGGACGUUGCGCAUCAUGUCCGAGGUCUUCAGCAAAGGCCUGCAGAAGGAGGUGCAGCUGGAGCUGCAGACGGUGGAGAAGCUGUUCCCCGCUCUCGACGAGCUCCUGGAGCUCCACUCGCAGCACCUCCUCCGCCUCCUGGAGAGGAAGAGGGAGAGCCAGCUGGAGGGGCACUGGCAGAAGGAGAAGGAUGAGGAUGAAGGGAUUCCCAGUGAGACGGAAGAUGACAAGAGACAACUGGAGACGAAAGCCAAGGAGAUGCGAGGUCUGUUGAGGCAGAAGGACACAGAGAUCCUGUCUCUGCUGGAGGAGAAGGUGCAGCUCUUCAGGGGGAUGUGGGAGCCUCUGAACCCAGGCGAGGAGGUCUACCGGCAGGUUCAGCCUUUCUUCAGGUCGGCCUGCAGUCUGGAGCCCCCCAGGGGGGCCUCCAUCAUGUCGGACGCCCUGCAGGAAGUGGAGACGCUGCAGGGGCUGGUGAACGGCAGCCUGGGCGGGGCCAUGGCCAGCGUCCAGGAUGUAGGGGGAGGGGGAGCGGGGCCGGUGUGUUUGCCCCGGCGAGCCGAGACCUUCGGAGGCUUCGACAGCCACCAGAUGCACAGCAGUAAGAGUGGAGACGGCGACGAGAGCGAGGACGCGGCGGGAGAUCUGCGCAGGACGGAGUCCGACAGCGUUUUAAAGAAGGGAGGAAACGCCAACAUGCUGCUGCUGCUGAAGAGGAACAGUGAGGUCCUCCACAGCGUCUCCAAUCUGCACCUCCUGCUCAGCACCCUGCAGGCGGUGGUGGUCCAGCAGGACAGCUUCAUCGAGGACCAGCGGCAGGCCCUGAGCGAGCGCUCCUCCUCCAGCGCGUCGCUGUCGCGGCCCUCCUCGCGGCCCAGCUCGCUGAUCGAGCAGGAGAAGCAGCGCAGCCUGGAGAAGCAGCGGCAGGAGCUGGCGUCCCUGCAGAGGCAGCAGGCGGCCCACGCCGAGGAGAAGAGGAGGCGCGAGAAGGAGUGGGAGACGAGGGAACAGCAGCUGACGGAGAGGGAGGGGCAGGUGCACCUGCAGGAGGAGGAGGUCCUGAAGCGGCAGAAGGAGCUGGAGGAGGAGAAGCACGGGCUGCAGAGUAGGAAGGAGGAGUACCAGAAGGACCUGGAGAGGCUGAGGGACGCCCAGAGGAAGCUGGAGAGGGACAGAGAGGCCGUGCAGCGGCAGCUGGACAAGAUGGAGGAGCUCCGCCUGUCUGAGGGGACUCCCUCAACCACGUCGGACGAAUCCCAGAUCCCCAGCAGCGCCCAGUCUCUGGAGCUGGACCUGCCGGAGCUCUCCUCCUCCUCCUCUUCCUCCUCCUCCUCCUCCCAGCUGAGGCUGCAGCCUCAGCGGUCUAAGCCCAAAGGGAGAGGCCUCAAUCCCUUCACCUCAUCCUCCAUCAACCUCCGAGGCGGCGAAGCCAACAGCCAGCUGUCGAAGAGCAUGCUGCAGCUGGCCAAGAGCAAGAGCAAAGAGGAGAAGGAGAAGAAGAAGAAGAAGGGCAAAGGGGGGAGCACACCGGAAGCAGACCCCUCGCACCUCCCGGAGCCUCCCCUGGAUGGAGAGAUCUUCUUCUGUUGAGUGACGUGGACCUCCUCCUCCUCCUCCUCAACCAGUCACAGCUAUUCAGGAGGAAUGUGUUACUGUCCAGUAGUAAUACAUUCGUCUCCAUAUAGGACCUUUAACGAAAAUACUUUAAUUCUCUGAAUUGUACGGUAGAAAGUCAAAUGUUUUAGGGAUUCUGUGCUCAAGUAAAGACGCGUACUUGCAGUACGUGAAAAAUAGGCAACGGGGGAGUAGCAGCACAUUUCGGGGUAUUCGGUUUUCCUUUUCCAAAGCCGCCACCCUGAGGCGAUUCAUCUCUUCAUUUGGGAGAAUUCUGAAUUUGUGCACGUCGAAUCAAAAGCGCUGCCAGGUACGUCUCAGGGUCCACUGCCCCUUCGAGUGUCACACAAAGACAGACAAUACCCAGAAGGCCACUGGGAAGCAGAAAUAACUGCCAGCGAGCUGCGCGUGCCUCUGGAGACGCGUCACUCCUCUACGCUCGACAGCUCAGAGGACUGAAGCCCAAACUGAGUCCCAGAGACAAACAAGUGCUUCCAGCCCCAAAUACUACGGUAAGGAUCCAAACUGAAAGAAAACAUUCCUUUACUGACGACUAGAAAAGCAGAUUUGCUCCACAAAUGUUGCCUCCAAGAAUUCAAAUACCUUGGGCAAUCUUCGACGGAGACUCUAUGCAAUCGAUCUUGUUCCCCGGCUCGGUUUUAAUUCCUCAGAAGAAGAAUGGAUUCCUCCAUUUGUGAGUGAAACGCUUCAGAUGCGCGAGUCUCCGUCUCCAGACGCAUCUGUGAUCAAAACAGACCGAGACAUCUCGCAGGCGUCUAAUGGAUCAAUUCAUAUCCUUGAGUGUGUUUUCGAGCCGUGGAUAUUAGCGUGAUCCUUGCUUUAUCUCCCUGCCGAUGGGCUUCAUGCGGCCCUCGCCGCUCAUCCAGGCGCCCACGACUGGAGCUUUCCUUCAGGUUCUUUUUAUUUUUACUCUGCAGGUAGCAUACUAAUGAGUUCUGUGUGUUGGAGAGUUCAGCGGCUCCGAUGAUGGACUUUGAGAAUAAAGGAGUGUGUUAAUCUGGGGACACAGGAGCUGGUCAGAGGGAACACACACCGACGUGACGCUCUGGUCGGACCCCUAAUCAGGAAAGGCGGCGCAGUGUCUGAUCAUUUCAAAUUAACCCGACAACAGAGGUAUUGGGAGGCACUUUGGUCCAAAUGUGUUCAUGCUUUUUAAUUUGUUGUUAUCAGUGUGAGAUAUCAAUCAAGGAGAUCUUUGUGUUCUGUGGAAUUAUUAUUAUUAUUAUUAUUGAAUCGAGGGCACUGAUGCUCACGGAAAGCAACGACGAUCCAAAGCGAGAUAACGUGUUAAAGUACAUAAGAGACGUUUUGGAAAGGAACGGGGAGGGGGGGUGUUAGCUUUUAUGUUUGGUCGCCACGGUGACCGGUCAGAUUGUGGGCCGCACACACUACCUGCUGGACAGGUAGGACGUAAAAAAUGGAAGACUUAAGUUUUUUCUUAAACACAGAAAUAGAGCAGCGCCACUGAGCUGCUUCCCUGGCCGCCGCCUCGUUAGUCUCGUAUUGAAGUUCUGGUCUGUUUACGGUUCUUUGUGUCCGGGCCUGCGUUUGUUAUUCCAAGAGGUACCGGGGGGGGGGGGGGGGGCUUUGGCUUUCUGGACACGGAGAGGAGCGGGCCUUGUUUUGUGUUUGGUUGCUCUCGGUGUGUUUUGACCACUAAGGAGCACAGCACCGAGGACUCACACAAUAAUAACAACAAUUUUUUUUUUUUUUACAUAUUCUCACUGCUGUGAGAAAUGGACAUAUUUUUCUCAGCCGGUCGUCGGCGUACAGAGGUAACGUGAUGAGAGCGUGGGCUCUCACGCUCCGCGACAUUCCUCCCACUGCAUUUGUAAUUGACUGCCGAAACAAAGACGUUGUCGGAGGUUGUGACUGGUCAGCGGCAGCUUUGAAGUGGGGAGAGAAAAUAAAAGCAAAGGAAGAAGUUGCGACCGGGCAGAACCACACGCGUCUCUCUGUAAAGGACAAUCAGCAGACACCAGUCAGGAAACUCCAGCCCUGAUGAUGAUGAUGAUGAUCAGGUGAACCCUGCGUAGCCUUAAAUCUUCAACGAUAAAAUGCACUAGAGUAGAGCCGAGCAUCUUCUCAGGAGAGAGAGGAGAUCAUUUGUACCUCGGCUUUGAAACGAAGGGUUUGUUUGGUUCCCAACAAUGUAACACAAAAAAGAAGGGGCAACGACUAAUAUGUAAAUAUGAUUCAUGUAUAAAACAAAUCAAAUGUACAAAAACAGAAGAAAAAAAUGUUUCAUUUGUGAUCUAUCUCAACAUUUUGUAUGAAUGUUUUAUUUAUGGUUUAUUCUCUCCCAAGGGGUGAUGUAAAGUCAAAUUUCUCUCGUAAUAAAGAAAAAAAUCAUAAUGGACA